AUGGUACCUCAGCCCCCCAUCAGAGUGCAGCCCCUUCCACCUCUCCAACAGCCCCUUGACGUGCACUUAGAGCUGGACAAGCUCAGCAAAAGGCGAACUCCGGCGUGUGAACUCCAGCAGGCAGCCAUGGAGAAAAUCCACGAGAGUCUGCGGGGCCAUCUCCUGCUGUUCACGGAUGGGUCGGUCCUGAACAGCGCCCGCUCGGCUGCAGCUGCCUGCGUCAUCCCAGAGACUGGAACGACCAUCCGGUGCCGGCUGCCCUUUCAUUCUAGCUCCACUGCUGCGGAACUGGCUGGUCUCCAUCUGGCUGCCGACCACCUGGCUGCCAAUCUGCCUGAGCUGCCCGUGGCGAUCAUCACCGACUCCCGGCCUGCCCUACAAGCCCUGCUGCAGCCUGAUCAAGCCGGAGUCACCGUGGCUUUGCUGCACGCUAAGCUCACUGCCCUACGAGCCAGCGGCGUGCAUCUGUCCCUCCACUGGCUUCCAUCCCACGUUGGGAUAGCUGGAAAUGAGGAGGCAGAUGCCGCCGCCAGGGCAGCACACCACGGCGACACCCCGGUGACCUCGGCAGUAGCGGCAGCAGACUUCUCUCGACAGCGCAUACGGCAGCUGCUCCUCACCAUCCACCCGGACAAGCGAGUGGCCAGCGGCAAGCCACCACCACCUCUCCCAGAGUCUGGCCUGGAGAGGAACGAGCGGGUGCUCCUUCUACGUCUGCGGACUGGUAGUGCCUGGCCCGCGGCACGAAUGCAUUCCACGGGACGCUGCACAUCAGCUGCGUGCAGCAGAUGCGGCGAGACCGAAACACUCGAGCACAUCAUCUGCUCCUGCCCAGCGUUAUCCGCCGAGCGACGCAGACUGGUGAGCCGCUACCAACAUAUUGGGCUACCAGCGACAUCCGUGGAGGACAUUCUCUUCCCUGCGCGGUCACCACUGCCAGCCCUGCGGGCUUUCCUGGAGUUUGCGGGACCCGCUAAUCUCCAUGAUAUUUAA